AUGACUCUUACUGAAGUUCGCACUUUCACUCCUCCGAGAGCUUUCGGUGACGCUAUCAGCCAACCAGUUGUCACACCAGUCAUCACAACUUCGACAACACCGCGCUCCAUCCCCGAACUCCAGAUCACACUCAAGCCCGCCAUCAGCCCAUCACCAAAAGCACGUCAGAACAGCAUGGCCUCUACUCCUGAAGAAAAGUCCAAAGGCGGCGUAACAUUUGCCCACCAGGACAAGCUCCCCAAGCUUCCUAUCCCAGAACUCGAAAGCACCUGCCAAAGAUAUCUCGCCUCCCUAAAACCGCUUCAAACCCACAGAGAACAUGCCGAGACAAGGCGCGCUGUUCAGGAGUUUCUUCAAACAGACGGCCCCGAGCUGCAUGAGAAGUUGAAGAAGUAUGCCGAGGGACAGACAAGCUAUAUCGAGCAAUUCUGGUAUGAUUCGUACCUCAACUACGACAACCCCGUUGUUCUCAACUUGAAUCCCUUCUUCUUACUCGAAGAUGAUCCGACACCGGCUCGCAACAACCAAGUCACUCGGGCCGCCUCCUUGAUUGCGUCGGCUUUGGAGUUUGUAAGGGCAGUCCGCAGGGAGGAGCUUCCACCAGACACUGUCCGGGGAACCCCCCUAGACAUGUACCAGUACUCACGCCUCUUUGGUACCGCUCGUGUCCCCACCGAUUCCGGAUGCCAAAUUCAGCAAGAUGACAAGACGAAGCACGUUGUCGUCAUGUGCCAUGGCCAGUUCUACUGGUUCGAUGUUUUGGACGAUAACUCCGAUGCCAUCAUGACCGAGAAGGAUAUCGCCAUCAACCUCCAGACCAUCGUUGACGACGCCCGACAAACCCCGAUUCAAGAGGCUGCCAAGAGCGCCCUCGGUGUAUUGAGCACAGAGAACCGGAAGGUCUGGUCGGGACUGCGGGACGUCCUGACCAGGGAUCCCGGUUCCAACAACGCCGACUGCCUGAGCAUAGUCGACAGUGCUCUUUUCGUUGUCUGCCUGGAUUAUACGGAGCCAACCACCGCUGCCGCUCUUUCUCAGAACAUGCUUUGUGGCACCAGCGAGAUCGAGAAGGGAGUCCAGAUUGGCACCUGCACCAACCGCUGGUAUGACAAGCUUCAGAUCAUCGUGUGCAAGAACGGCAGCGCCGGUAUCAACUUUGAGCACACCGGUGUCGACGGUCACACCGUGCUGCGGUUCGCCAGCGACAUCUACACCGACACCAUCCUCCGCUUUGCCCGGUCCAUCAAUGGCAAGGCUCCCUCGAUGUGGGCUUCAACGAGUCCCGACCCGUCGAAGCGUGACCCUGAGAGCUUCGGAGACGUGAGCACCACCCCCCACAAGCUCGAGUGGGACAUGGGUCCCGAGCUCAGCGUGGCCGUCCGCUUCGCCGAGACCCGCCUGGCCGAUCUCAUUGAGCAGAACGAGUUCCAAUGUCUCGACUUCCACGGCUACGGCAAGAACUUCAUCACCUCCAUGGGCUUCUCCCCGGACGCCUUUGUGCAGAUGGCCUUCCAAGCAGCCUACUACGGCCUCUAUGGCCGCGUCGAGUGCACCUACGAGCCUGCUAUGACCAAGAUGUUCCUGCACGGCCGCACCGAGGCCAUCCGCACCGUCUCGGACGACUCAGUCAACUUCGUCCAGACAUUCUGGGCCGACGCCCCCGGGGACGCCAAAAUCGACGCCCUCCGCAAGGCCUGCCAGGCCCACGUCAACAAGACCCGCGACUGCGCGAAAGCCCAGGGUUGCGAUAGGCACUUGUACGCCAUGCUUUGCCUCUGGCAGCGGAUGCAAGACGACGACGCGGCCAGCACCACCAGCGACAACAGCAUGAACGGCUAUUCUUUCGAAGACGGCUCCAUCAUCGGCUCGCCAUCCAAGGACUCUGUCUUCUCCCAAUCCAUGGAGUCUCAGUCUGUCAACGGCGGUGGUCGCGAACGUGGCGACUCCAUCAACUCCCACAUCUCCGCCACCCCCUCCCAACGCGGUGGUGUACCUCAACCACUACCCGCCAUCUUCGCUGACGCCGGCUGGGACAAACUCAACACCACCAUCCUGUCCACUUCCAACUGCGGCAACCCGUCCCUCCGGCACUUCGGCUUCGGCCCCGUCUCCGGCGAAGGGUUCGGUAUCGGCUACAUCAUCAAAGACGAGUGCAUUUCCAUCUGCGUGUCUUCUCGCCAUCGUCAGACCCGCCGCUUCGUUGACACUUUGGAAUCCUACCUGCUUGAGAUCCGCCGCAUUCUGCGCAUCGCUGCAAGGAACGCCGCCUCCGCCGGUGGUGUUGGUGCCAACGGUACUACCGGAAACAAGGGUAUGAGCAGGGCUCGGGAGAUUGACGCGGCUGCUAUCAACCAGAAUGGACAGGAAAAGCUGGCUCGCCCCAAGAUCGGGAACAGGAUCAAGUCGAGGGGAAGAUUGAUCACCGGUCAAAGCAGCGGGCUUAUUGGUCACGGAGGACCAACGAGCAUGUACACCAAUGGAGGCGGCAGCAGUGUGGGGAACAUUAAGGGGGCGGGAGGGGGUAGUGUUAGUAGCGCGAUGGAGGAGAGCGUGGUGAUGAGUGAGGAUGAUGAGAUUGGUGGUUAUGGGUUCUUCGACGCCGGUAUGCUCCAACAAGCGCUCAAGGCGCGCCAACAGGCUCACUACCACCAUCAUUCCCACAACCAUGAUAGCAGCAGUGAUGACCGGAGUAACCAGAGCAGACAAAGGAGGAGCAGGAGGGAUGUGGGCAAGAAGCUGCCUUUGAUUGAUUACUAG